AUGUUGGCGUUUGUUGCAAAAGGAAAAAUAUCCAAUCGAUCUCUCUCUCCGCAUUUCAAAAUAUAUGGAUGAUCAAUUCCAAUGGCAGUGUCUAUUUCUCAUUGUAUGACUGGAGCAGGUUUAGCAACAGGUCUCUCCCUCUUUCUCGUUGUCCCAGGAGAUUUUGAGACAAAACUGGAAUUGAACCUACAGCUCACUCCUGCUCUCCUUUUCUCAGUAAAAUUCCUUCUCUCUCCCCUGACAUAUCACACGUUCAACGGAAUCCAUCACCUGGUGUGGGACUCAGGAUAAGGUGUUCUUCUGGUAGAACGAGGGGACGGUGAGGGCCAGCCUCAGACUCGUGCCUAG